AUGAUGAAGUUCACCCUUUUCUUGGCUCUCUUGAACCUGCUAGUGGCUUCAGUGUUCAGUCUAGGAUACCAGAAUGCACAAGUCCCUCCUCCCUACUUGGUCUACCUGAAGUCAGAUUACCUGCCCUGUACAGGCGCUCUGAUCCAUCCACUCUGGGUCAUUACAUCAGCCCACUGCAACCUUCCGAAGCUGAAGGUGGUCUUGGGAGCUACAAACCCAGCAGACCACCGCGAAAUCCAUCUUCAAGUGACUGACUAUGCGAAGAUGAUCUACCACCCAUACUUCACCCUCACUUCCAUCGAGAAUGACCUCAUGUUAAUCAAGCUGAGAAGGGAGAUUCAACUCAAUGCCCAUGUGCAGCUGGUCGGCCUGCCUCACCAGGACGUCCCUGAAAGGACCCUAUGCACUGUCUCCACCUGGUCUUAUAACCUGUGUUUUACCUCCAAAGACCCCGACUCAAUGCAGAAGGUGAACAUCUCAGUGAUCCCCAAAACCGAGUGUCAGGAAGCCUACAGGGCCUACCACAUCCGAGACAGCAUGAUGUGCCUGGGCAUUGUACCUGGGAGGAGGCAACCUUGCAAGGAAGUCACAGCCGCCCCAGCUGUCUGCAAUGGGACGCUCCAUGGAAUCCUGGCCUUGACGGACGGUUGUGUGCUGAGAGCAGAUGUCAGCAUCUACACCAGAAUCUUCAGCUACAUGUCCUGGAUUAAAGAUGUAAUACAAAAGAACUGA